AAAUGCUUUGCAUUGCCCUUGAGACGUUUUUAGUGCUCGCUGAUGCGGCACUUAACGUACCUAACCGGUUUCACGUGCAUAAGUUUCCUGGUCUCAUUAAACUCGGCAGUCUAAACUGUUCUUCUUAGUAGAAACAUCAUGAAACGCUUGUUCUUUAUCCUUCUAAGCACCGUUGUUGUGCUCGCCGACGAUUUUGCUGGUGAACAACAUGAAGUCACUGCUCCGAUUGGAAGAAUUCGUGGAACUAUCAUGAUCUCCAGACUUGGCAAGAAAAUCUAUUCCUUUCGCGGCGUGAGAUACGCCGAACCGCCGACGGGACAGCAACGUUUCCAAGUCGCAACUCCAGCGGCGGAUUGGAACAACGUUUUCGAUGCAACCGAAGAAGGACCCGCUUGUACAGCAUUGUUCGUAAAGAAUGUAAUGGAAGAUUGUCUCCGUGUGAAUGUCUACACAACAAAAUUACCGUUGGAGAACGAUCCUGUGAAAAGAUCCGUAUUGGUAUUCUUCCAUCCCGGUGCUUUUUACUUAUUCUCGGGUCAAAGCUCUAACUUUGGACCUGAGUACUUGCUGGACAAAGACAUCGUUCUCGUCACCGUCAAUUAUCGUCUCGGGACUUUAGGUUUUCUGAGUACCGGCGAUUCGAAGGCACCAGGUAAUUUGGGCUUGAAAGAUCAAGUUGUGGCACUUCGAUGGAUCCAGAGGAACAUAGCCGCCUUUGGUGGCGAUCCUGAUAGCGUCACUAUAUCUGGCUACAGUGUGGGUGGAAUAAGCGUGCUGUUACAUAUGGUCUCACCGAUGUCCAAAGGAUUGUUCCAUCGGGCGAUUAUGAUGAGUGGUUCGAUGACAUUAGAACCAUAUCCGACUGAACAGCUGCACUUGGCAAAGAAACAAGCCGAAUUGUUAGACUGUCCUACUGACACUACUGGCUCUAUGCUGAUCUGCUUGAAUUCCAAACCAGUGGAGAACUACACAGAUACUAUAGUCAAGUUCUUUGAAUGGUACGGUCACCCAAUGUUAAUAUGGUCACCUGUAGUAGAACCUGAAGUACACGGAGUAGAAAGAUUCUUAACCGAGCAGCCUUUUGAUCUUAUUAGAAAAGGAAAGUUUCACAAGGUUCCACUGAUAGCAGGAAUUACUGAAAAUGAGUUUGACGGUGUGAUAACCUUUGUCAGUAAGCAACACGAACUCGGAAAUGAUUCGAUGGUGAACGAUUUGAACAAUGACUGGUACAGAAUCGCACCGAUUAAUUUCCUGUAUGAACGGGAUACACCUCGGUCCAGAAACAUAAGUACCGAAUUACGCCAAUUUUACUUUGGUGACAAACCGAUCGGUCCAGACAAUUACGAUAGUCUCGGACAUAUCACCACCGACGGCGUAAUUGCAUAUCCCAUGCAUUCUUCUGUAAAGCUGAUUGCAGAAAACAGUGACCAACCCGUCUACUUUUAUAUGUCUUCUUACCAAGGACGUUACAGUUUUGUCAUGUGGAAUGAAACCACACCAUUUGGAGUGGUGCAUCAUGACGAUUUGCAAUAUCUAUUCUUUUUGAAAGAUACUUAUGUCAAAUUUCCAUUCUUCGAAAAUGAUGCCCCGGAAAUUCCUAUAGUGGAACUUAUGACAAGCAUGUGGUCGAACUUUGUUCAAACCGGACAGCCGGUGUCUCCAGCUUUGGCAAAAAACAUUACAUGGGAAUCAUAUCUACCGGAAAAAGAUAACUAUUUAGAGAUUUCCGAAGAAUCAAAAAUGAAGACAGGAUUUUUUCCCAAUAGAAUGCAAAUUUGGGAAAGUUUGUUUUCAAAAUAGAAAUCGAUUUAAUAAUCUAGUCGAUUUCUUAUCGUGAUCGAUUUUGUAACGUAUAAAACACUUUUAAAGAGUUAGAAAAAGCGCGCCCAAUAUUCAUAUUAUUCAAAAAACACAUUUACAUUAACACUUUUCCUUCUCUCUAUGUAUAUAUAAAUAAUCUAUAUAUAUAAUCAUAGUUUUAGAGUUUUUUAAAUAAAAGUUUAUUUCUGCAAACCCAAACUAUUGUUUGCAAAUGUAUGUUUUAAUAUAAAAAGUAUUAACUAAUAAAGGUUCGAUGCUUCAGGCAAAUUA